CCCCCCCCAGCCGCUCCUGCUGAGAAAACCCUAAUUAAAACUAUUUAUCGUGCUGUUUUCAGAGCUGGAAGUGAAGGAGUGAUCUCAGAUUUUAUCAGUUGCUUUGAUUCGUCGGAUUCUGGUGUUCCUAAGCAAGAGGAUUAAAAUUGACUGCGUUUGAGGAGAGGAAAAGGGUGAAGACGGUGAUUUUAAUAGAACUUGUCUGCUGUUUAACGCCAAAUCCAGUGGGGUUUUUGGAGCUGCACCGAGGAGGCAUCAGCUUGUAUUUUUUUUCUGUGGUAUACGCUUUAGAGCGUUUUAAUAGAGAUGUGAAAGUAAUUUGUACGGGAGCUAUCGAAAGAUAAAAAAAUAGAAUUUUCCGGGGGUAAAAUCCAUGUUCAGUGACUUUUAAAUUCAACUCGGUUGCCUGGGUUGGCCUGCGAGCAAUAUAAUAUAGAUAAAGCUUCUUCUGCUUUGAUGUUGAGGUUUAUGUAUCAACGGGCUUUGUUUCGUGAAAAAAAUUGAAGAAAACGUCAUUUGAUCUCUGGGGAGUGACGUUUGUUUCUCUUUGGGGAAAAAAUUUGACUGUCUUCUUCUUCGUUGAACUUUUUGAGCUUUUGAUGGUGGAGAGCGAGAAAGCAGUUUCGUCUUCUUCAUCCCUAGAACUGGAUCCAUUAUUAAAGGAUCUUAACGAAAAGAAACUUAGCUUUAGGAGGAAUGUUGUUUCUUUGACAGCAGAGCUUAAGGAUGUCCGGAAUCGCCUGGCAUCAAGAGAGGAAUCGUUGACCCAAGAGUUACAAUUAAGACAGGUAGCAGAGACAAAAGCUAAAACUUUGGAGGAAGAGAUUGUUUCGUUGCAUGAAUGUUUAAAUGAGAGGGAUUGCAAAUUGAAAUCUUCUUGCUCGGCCAGUGAGAAGUACCUGAAGGAAUUGGAUGAUUUAAGAUCAAAGCUCAGCGUCACCAAUGCCACUGCUGAGGCUAGUGCAGCAUCAGCUCAAGCUGCCCAGUCUCAAUGUCUAUCCCUGCUGAAGGAAUUAGAUGAAAAAAAUAGCUGUAUAAAAGAAAAUGAAGUGCGUCUCAAUCUCUUAGGGGAGCAAUUAGAUCAGCUGCAAAGGACUCUUCAAGAAAGAGAAUUGUCUCAGAAACAAUUAAAAGAACAUGUCUUGAAUAUGGAGAAUGAGAUCCAGGGUGCAGUUGCUAGAGCUGGAGACAUCAGAGAUUGUGAGCUUCAAAGGAUUUUAGAUGAAAUUUCUAUAAGAAACUAUGAAAAGAUAAAUAAACUUUUGAUAGCCAAAGAUGAUGAGAUUUCUCGACUGAGGGAUGAGAUCCGUUUCUUGUCUGCACAAUGGAAACACAAAACAAAAGAACUUGAGUCGCAGCUUGAGAAGCACAGGAGAGCUGAUCAGGAGCUAAAGAAGAAAGUACUGAAACUUGAGUUCUGUCUCCAAGAAACAAGAUCUCAGAUGCGGAAGCUUCAAAGGAUGGGAGAGAAAAGGGACAUGGCUCUCAGGGAGCUUAGAGAACAAAUUUCAUUAAAGCAGCGCAGUGAAGCGGAUUCUGUUGACAAACAAAACUUCUGGGAGAGCUCUAUGUUUAAGGUUAUUAUUUCCAUGUCCAUGUUAGUUUUGGUUGCCGUUGUGAGACGUUAGAUCCUUUUCCCCCUAAGAACAGUAGGACCAUAGGUCGUAGAUAUCUUGUUAUCUGUAGCGCUCGUGUUAUCUUGUAUGCUUAAAAAAUGAUUUCCUUGAGAUAUAUAUUAGAAACAUAUGUACUAUUAGUUGAUAUUUUCUGAAGUUCCAUUUGUAUGUAGUGCGAGGCAUAUUGCAAGUUCUGCUGUAAUGAGACUUGGACUAUAUAUAUUUUGUAUGAAAAAGGAAGCUACUUAAGAGAAAAUGUUUCCUACUACUGCAUAAGAUCACAUUUUUUUAACACACCAAUUUAUGCUGCAU